AUGAUUCAGCCCUGCACUGUGCCCGGCCUGAGUUCGCUCUCGCCCAAGUCACUCAAGAAUGUCGUUCUCGGUUUCGGGCUCGUGUUGCUUGUUUUCCUAGUUGGCAGCACAUUUCCGUCCCAGAGAUUAGACAAGCUCAACAUACUCGACUCUCCUCUGUCUCCGUCUAUGUCCAACGUGACGACCGAGGCGCGGUUCAAAAGACCAGAUGGAGUCAAUAUCACGGGCGUCGUCUUUUACGGCCGCGCUCGUUUGGUCGACAUUCUUGAUUGCUACCUGCAAAAGAACUUGGCUGUAAAUGGAGGUCUCCUGGACAAGGUCCUUUUCAUGAUGAACACCGACGACAAGGAGGACUUGGCAUGGUUGGGUGACCUUGCUGAUCGUGUUCCGCAGUAUGAGAUUGUCCCGGUAAAACGUCCCAACAAUUCCCAUGGCUGGGGUGGCUUCAAUCUCAUCUGGGCGUCUCUCACGGAUCCCGACACCAUAUACUUGAAGAUUGACGAUGAUAUUGUCUGGAUUGACGAUGACGCCGUUCCCCGUAUGAUUGAAACUCUCAUCAAGCAUCCCGAGGCCCACGAUAUUGCCGGCAACAUUAUCAAUAGCCCAAUUACGAGCUUCAUGCAUUACCAUCAAGGCGCCGUGCGUCCAUUCCUUCCAGACUUGAAGGCUCCAGAGCAGCUGAGCCCACCGACAGACUGGCGCACUUCACAUCUACCUUUUUACGAUGGCCCGUUAUCCGAAAAGUACGACUGGGAUCCGCAAAACGCAAAGCCCAACGCCCACUUCUCUGUUGGUGACAAAGGCGGCCCGCCCUACGAGAAUCACCGUUGGCUUCCACUGCCGGAUACGAGCGAGAAUAUUCUGAGGACACCCAUUUCAGGCGCAUCGUACGACGCCUUUGGCAUGGGCUGGAAAAGUUGGGCCAUGGGCGCUCAGCAGCACUAUAGCCUCCUACGCAACAUUGAAGAGAAGCGCCUGGAACGCUACUGGUUCGGCGACCACCAGGAGGGCAUCUGGGAUAUGCAAUAUACCCGUUACAACCUCAACUUUUUGGCCAUCUGGGGUUCAAGCGUCGCCAAGGCACUGCCCGGAAGCGACGAUGAGCAGGAUAUGACGGUCACGAUCCCGCUUCGCCUCAAGAAGCCCUGUCUCAUCAAUACCCGCGCCCUUGUUGCCCACUUUAGUUUUGGCAUCCAGACUGAAAUUUCCCACACCGACUUACUGGACCGCUAUCGCCUGUACGCCAACGAACAUGUCUGCGCUGCCGACAACCAAAAAGCACGCCUUCCAUUCCACGGCGGCGGUCAGGGUUGA